AUGCCUCUUCACCCCCAGCAGCAAGUGCAUGCGGCCUCACUCCAAGACCCGGAAAGCUUUUGGUCCCGUCACGCAGAGGAGCUCCACUGGCAUCGUAAGCCGUCCCGUGCACUUCAUCGAUCCACCAAGGCCCUUCCCAGUGGCGCUGUUCAUGAUCAUUGGGCCUGGUUUCCGGACGGGGAAAUUUCCACCACCUACAACUGUGUUGACCGUCACGUACAGAAUGGCAACGGGGACAAUGUCGCUAUCAUCUGGGACUCUCCCGUGACGAACACCAGAGAGAAGUACACCUACCGACAGUUGCAGGAUGAAGUUGAAGUCCUCGCGGGCGUGCUAAGGGAAGAAGGGGUCCGCAAGGGAGAUGUGGUCAUCAUUUACAUGCCUAUGGUCCCCGCGGCCCUGAUCGGUGCUCUAGCAAUUGCGAGACUGGGGGCUAUCCAUGCCGCCGUCUUUGGCGGGUUUGCAGCCAAGUCGCUUGCCCAGCGCAUUGAAGCUGCACGACCACGGGCGAUCCUCACGGCGUCCUGUGGAAUUGAAGGCUCCAAGGGUCCCAUUCCCUAUCGACCACUGGUGGAGGGAGCAAUUGAAGCUAGCAGCUUCAACCCGGAAAAGGUGCUUGUGUGGCAGCGCGAUCAGCUGCGGUGGGACAAUCCCGACAAGGUGCGAGGACAACGGGAUUGGCAGUGCUUGGUGAAGAGUGCGCGGGUACGCGGUAUUCGGGCUGGUCCAGUGCCGGUCAAGAGCACAGACGGGCUAUAUAUCAUCUACACCAGUGGUACCACUGGACUUCCUAAAGGAAUUGUUCGGGAGGCAGGUGGGCAUGCAGUCGGUCUCAGCUUAUCGAUCAAGUACCUGUUCGAUAUCCACGGGCCUGGUGAUGUCAUGUUCUGCGCUUCCGACAUUGGAUGGGUCGUGGGCCACUCAUAUAUCCUCUACGCACCGCUGCUGGUGGGGGCAACGACCGUGUUGUUUGAAGGCAAGCCUGUGGGGACCCCCGAUGCGGGGACCUUUUGGAGAAUCGUGGCGGAGCACAAGGCCAAUGUGCUGUUCACUGCACCCACGGCGCUUCGAGCCAUCCGCAAGGAUGACCCCGACAACCGCUAUUUUGAAGCAGCUGCCGGGAACGGAAACCUACGGCACCUACGGGCUCUAUUCCUCGCGGGCGAAAGGAGCGAGCCUGGCAUUGUGCGGACUUAUCAGGACCUGCUAACCAAACACGCCGCUCCUGGGGCUGUGGUCGUGGACAAUUGGUGGUCAUCGGAAUCCGGAUCUCCUAUUUCGGGGCUGGCGCUUCGAAGCGCGGUGGGACGGGCGGCACCGCAGCGUGAGGAAUUUUUUGAAGCUGCACCAUUGGCUAUUCGUCCUGGUUCCGCGGGGCUGCCAAUGCCAGGGUUUGACGUGCGAGUGGUCAACGAUGCGGGAGUAGAGGUGGCCCCAGGGACAAUGGGGAACAUUGUGAUGGCCCCGCCGUUGGCUCCGACGGCGUUCACGAGACUCUUCAACGAUGACGAGAGAUUCUACAGGGGGUACCUCAGGCGGUUCAACGGACGAUGGCUGGACACGGGCGACGCCGGCAUGAUCGACGGGGACGGGUAUAUCCAUGUAAUGUCGCGUUCCGACGACAUUAUCAACGUAGCCGCGCAUCGAUUCAGCACAGGCGCCAUCGAACAGGUCAUCCUCUCCCAUCCGGACAUCAGCGAAGCCAGCGUGGUGGGCAUCCCAGACGCCCUGAAGGGCCAUCUCCCCUUUGCCUUUGUGCAGCUCAAGCAGCCCCCCGGAGGCGCUGCGCUGCCGGCGCGCCCGACGCGAGAACUGUUCAACGCCGUCAACCAGCUCGUCCGCGAGCAGAUCGGGGCGAUCGCGUCGCUGGGCGGCAUGAUCCAGGGCCAGGGGAUGAUCCCCAAGACGCGCAGCGGUAAGACAUUGCGGCGGGUGCUGCGGGAACUGGUGGAGCAGGGGGUCCUCCGGGGGGAGUACGCUGGGGCCGUGAGUAUUCCACCGACGGUGGAGGAUGCGUCGGUAGUGGAGGUAGCGCGGGAGAGGGUGCGGGAGUAUUUUGCCAAGGCGAAACUCUAG